AUGAACAACAUAAAAUUAUAUGUUGACAGCAUCAGCGGUGGUCAGAAGCAGGGAGCAGUGGCAGCAGCUGCCAAGGCGUACCAGGCAGCAAAGCAGGCAACAGACUCAGCUUCAGUGGGUGGAGUGUGUGCUGGCAGCAUUGCAUUUGUGUGCAGUGGUAAGGGCAAGGCCAAGUUGCCAAUAUCAGCAUCAUUGGGUGACCUCAAGGUCAUGGCAGCCAUCAGGUGCUCAGGCCACCUCCUCUCCAAUCAGCAGAAGCACUUUGUGGCUGCUGUGCACAACUACACCACCAUGACAGCACCUCCCCCUCAACACAGAUUCAGAUCCCCCAGUUCUGGCCCCAGCCAGUUCAAUCACCCCUGUGCCAUGGCAGUGGAUGCAGCAGCAGGCCACAUCAUCAUGGCUGACUCCAGCAACCAUCAGGUGGUGGUGCUUCACACCAAUGACUGGUCCUUCAUGCACUCCUUCAGUUCCAAGGGUUCUGGCCCCAGCCAGUUCAAAUGCCCUAUGGGCGUGGCAGUGGAGGCACAGGCCACAUCCUCAUCACCAACACCAACAACCAUC